AUGGUUGCACCAAUUCGCGCGCUUGUGACUGGAGCUGCGGGACAGAUUGGUUACUCGCUCGUCAUCGAAAUUGCCAAGGGAGAUGUCUUCGGUCCAGAACAACCCGUCGAGCUCGUCAUGCUCGAUUUGCCCUUCUGCGCUCAAUCGUUGGACGGAGUGAAGAUGGAACUUCAAGAUUGUGCCUUACCUACGCUUGUUGGUGUCGAAGCAUUGACUGACGAGGCGGCGGCCUUCAAGAACAUCGACUACGCCUUUUUGGUCGGUGCGAUGCCACGCAGAGAAGGAAUGGAACGCAAAGAUCUUUUGGCAGCCAACGUGAAAAUCUUCAAAAGUCAAGGGAAAUCACUGGCCGAGCACGCUAAGCCAACCACAAAGGUGAUUGUUGUUGGAAAUCCAGCCAACACCAAUGCUUUCAUCUGCGCCAAGUAUGCUGCUCCAAAGAUUCCAGCUGAGAACUUCUCUGCAAUGACACGAUUGGAUCACAACCGCGCUUUGGCUCAGGUUGCCGCAAAAGCUGGAGUGACGAUUGGAGCCGUGAAGAACGUGAUCAUUUGGGGUAACCACUCAUCCACACAAUUCCCUGAUGUACGACACGCUAAGGUUACAAAAGAUGGCAAAGAAGUUGACGCGUACACAGCGGUGAACGACAACGCCUUCUUGCAAGGAGAAUUUAUCUCAAUUGUCCAAAAGCGUGGUGCUGCCAUUAUUGAACGCCGCAAAUUCUCUUCUGCCAUGUCGGCUGCUAAAGCAGCUUGUGAUCACAUCAGGGAUUGGCAUGUCGGAACUCAGCCGGGACAAUUCAUCUCAAUGGCCGUCCCGUCCGAUGGAAGUUACGGAGUUCCCCAAGGAUUGAUCUUCUCAUUCCCUGUUCAGAUUUGCCCUGACACGAAGAAAUGGAAAAUUGUGCAAGGACUGGAGCUUGAUGAGUUCGCUAAAGGAAAGAUCGACGUCACUACAAAGGAGCUCAUUGAGGAACGUGACGAGGCUCUCAAGGCGUGCGAAGAGGCAAAUAUG